UAUUUUUAUUCUUCUUCUACUUUUCCAACUCCCACCUCAUUCUUCUUCUUCUUCGCCGCCUUUAACUCUGUUUCCCUCUCCAAUUUCUUCUCCAGCCCCGCCGAUAAGUCUGCUUCCUUUCUCACAUACCCUUUUCAAUUUUAUCCUCCUAUUAUACACCCUCUCUUUCUCGCCUUUUCAUUCUCCUCAUCCUACUUCUCUUUCUCCUUCUCUUACUUAUCCUCCUUCCUCUUCUUCUUAUUUGCAUUCUUUGUCUUCCUCUCUUCUUUAUCCUUUUUCUCCCCUCCUUCAGCCCCUAUUCUACUUUCUUUGCCACCUUUUUCUCUUCCUCAUUUACCCACUUCUACCUUUUUCAUCACCUCAUCUGUUCUCUUCUCCUUCUCUUCCUCUUCUUCUUUCUCUUCUACUCUGCUUCAUCGCUUUUCUCCUAUCUUUCGUCCUUCUCUCUUAUCAGUCCUAUUUAUUGCCUCAUCUUUUUCCUCCGUUUUCUUUUCAUAUCAUCCUUGUACUUCUUCUGUUUUUAUUCUUUUUCUUCACCUUCUCAUUCUCUUCUUACUGCUUGCCUCCUACCUCCUUCUGCUAAUCAGCCUCCCUCCUCGAAUCAGCGUUUCCAUCUACCUCCUCCUCUUCCUUCUUCUACUUCGUAUCCAGCGGAUGCACAUCGGCUUUACGUACAACGACUCUUCCGAGUCCUUGAACCAUGUACAUAAAGAUCCUUGA